ACAUCUCUUCUCUAAUAAAGCAUCUCACUUCCAUUGCCAUUGAUCCCAUCACAUUACUCAUGGGUUUCUCUUUCUCUCAAACCCUUCCUCCAUGGCUUCUCACAAUCACCCUCCUAACCCUCCCUCUUCUCUACACCCUCUUUACCCUUCUUGCCAAACAGAACAAAAACACAGCCAAACUCCCUCCAAGCCCUAGAAAGCUUCCCAUCAUAGGCAACCUCCACCAAGUUGGUGAAAUCCCUCACUACACAUUCUGGAAACUAUCACAAAAACUUGGACCCAUCAUGCUUCUCCAACUAGGUCAAGUCCCAACCCUAGUGGUCUCAACCCCAGAACUAGCUAAAGAGGUCCUAAAAACCCGUGACCUAGAUUGUUGCACUAGGCCUCUCUCUCGUGGCCAAAGAAAACUCUCCUACAACUUUCUUGACCUAGCUUUUUCUCCAUAUGGAGAGUACUGGAGAGAGAUGAGAAAGCUGUGUGUCAUAGAACUCUUCACUGCCAAAAGGGUUCAAUCAUUUUGGCAUGUUAGGGAAUCAGAGGUUGAGCAUUUGAUUUCCACCAUAGCCAAAUCGGCUCCGAACCCGGUUGAUCUGAGUGACUUGAUAUUCUCUGUCACGAACAAUGUGAUUGGGAAGAUAGCUUUUGGGACGAGUCAUAGAGGGAACCAAUUCGAGUAUGGUAAAUUGAAAGAUAUAAUUGACGAUGCCAUGACUUUGCUGAGUGGUUUUUCGCCGUCGGACUUUUUUCCUGGAGUUGGGUCGGUGCUGGAUUUGGCAACGGGGCUUCAAUGGAAGCUUGAAAGGUGUUUUAAGAAUCUUGAUACGUUUUUUCAGAAGGUUCUGGAAGAACAUCUUGAUCCUACUAGGCCCAAGCCGAAGCAUGAAGACAUCAUUGAUGUUAUGCUUGGUUUGGCUAAGGAUCGGACCACUGUUCUCCAUCUAGCUAAAGAUCAUAUGAAGGCUGUCCUCUUGAAUCUCGUAAUCAAAGAGACUCUCAGGCUCCACCCUCCUGCCUCCCUCCUAAUCCCCCACGAAACAAUCCGGCAAACCAAGAUCGGCGGUUACGACAUCUUCCCCAAAACCCGAAUCCUAGUGAAUGCAUGGGCAAUUGGAAGAGACCCCAAAAUCUGGGACAACCCAGAAGAGUUCAUUCCAGAGAGGUUUGAAAACAGUGGGAUUGACUACAAAGGCCAGAAUUUCGAGUACCUGCCUUUCGGGUCCGGUCGGAGAAGCUGUCCUGGAAUGACAAUGGCGAUCACUUCUGUGGAGUUCAAUGUGGCGAACUUGCUGUACUGUUUUGAUUGGAAGCUGCCUAAUGGAAUGGAAGUUGAGGAUCUGAACAUGGAUGAAGAGUUUGGUCUGAAUAUCAGGAAGAAGGUGCCUCUGAAACUUGUGCCUGUCAAGUACAAUUGGGAGGACUAUAAAGGCUAAAUGGAAGGGGACUUUUGGUUGUACUUGUGGUUGUGGUUGUAAUAAAAAUAAGUUUGCGUUGCGUAGUUUGGUUUGGCUUGGCUUUGCAUGUUUUGUGUUUUUGUGUCUGUAAUGCUUUUGGAUUAUAAAUAAUGGACACCCUCUGUUUGGAGUGUGCUUAUGCAACAUUUACUUGGUUUGGAAAUAUAUUAUUUUAACAAUUUU